ACGGGAACACCCCCGGCCCCCGGGGGGCCCGCAUGCCCCGCUGCGCUGGCCGCUCUCUCAGCGGGGCCGCUGAGGGCAGCGGGCGGGGCUCAGCGCAGCCCUCCGCCCCUGAGCGCGCAGCGGGGAGCCGGAGGGGCCGGGCGGCGGUGCCGAUCCCCAGCCGGGGCGCAGCAGCAGCCUUCCUGUGCGCCUCGGGGUUUGGGUGAUCCCGCCCGCCCGGGCCCUUGGCGGGGUUUGAUGGGGCCGCGCUUCAGGCGGCAGCUGCGCUGUGUCCCGGUGGCGCGGCCUCAACAGAGAGCACGGCAGGAUGAAGCCAUUUCCAAUAGCCGCGUUUCGCGUAAUUGCUCCGUGUACAACUGCAGAUAACGGACAAUGUAAACGGCCGCUUUUAACUUGAAAGCAGCGAUUCUAUUUUAAAAUACUUGGAGUUUUCUGCCUUAAGCGUUGGAAGUAACUGACAAUGUCCUGGUCAUGCCGCUCACGAGCCGGAAGGCUGCGUGUCUCCUCCAUACCGCCCUGAGAAUGCCCGAGCUCAUCUGAUCUCGGAAGCUAAGCAGGAUCGGGCCCGGUUAGUACCUGGAUGGGAGACGGCUAGGGAGCGCCGGGUGCGUAGCCUUGGUUUAGUGGUGGACUUGGCAGUCCUGGGCUAACGGUUGGACUUGAUGAUCUCAAAGGUGUUUUUCAACCUAAAUGAUUCUACCGUUCUAUACUCGACACUCCCACCGGGCCUCGCCAACGGCGUCCCCGCUGCGGCCACCGGCAGGGGCAAAGCCCCACGGCUCAGGCCCCGCCCACCGGGAGGGCCCGGAGCCGCCCCGGCGUUCGCGCACCGUCCGGGCUCACGUCAAGAUGGCGGCUCCCUCGCUGCUGGGCUGCGGCCGGGUGGCGACCCGCAAGGUGUUGCGGCUGGAGGCCCGGGGGCUGCGAGGGGCGGCCCCCAGCGCGGCGCUCUGCACCAGGCCGGCGGGCUCCGGGACGCCGCCAACGCAUGUAGUGGCACCACAGGGAAGCACCAAACUGCUAGCCACCAAGGCACCAGCUGAAUUUCCUAAAAUGUUAUCUUCUAGCACUCUCCUUUUGUCUGCAAAUAAAGGUGAGAGCAUAUCUAGUACUAACCUCGAGGAAGCUUCAAAACCUUCUGCUGAAGACAUGAGGGUGUUCAUGUCAAGAAAAACCGUGGUUGCAUUUCCUCAGCGAGUUGUUUCUUCCCUUGAGGAGGAAAAUGUCACUACACCAGCAACAGAAAGAGACUUGAGGAAAGAGUUAGUUGAGGAAGAAACUUCAUCUUCAUCCAGCUCAGAUUCAGAUUCUAGCUCAGAUUCUGGGGAAGAAAAUGAUGAUGAUUCAGAAGCUGCCAUUAAAACCAAAGUUGAGUUUCCUAGACGGGAUUCCAUCUUUUCUGAGAACAUCGCAGUAAAGGCAUCAAUGCUAGCAAGAGAGAACUUGUCCCAAAAAUCCCACCAAGAAUAUGUAGCUAAGAAGAAGACAUGCAGAACAGAAACUGAUGUGUCUCCUGUCAAGCAGGUCACGUUUUCUAAAAGAUCAGUCAGCCAUGAAAAGCCAAAAUCCAAAGCAAGAGACCCCAAAGUAAAAUCAACUCCAAAAGAAGCAGAUCGGCAGAAGCUGGUCUUAGAACCACGCAUGACUGAAAGACAAGACCUGACGGAUGUCACUCAUAAAUCUGAUUAUUUGGAGGAAAAGUCCAUUGGAACCCAGGUAGCAGCUAUUCAGCUGAAAGCUUCAUCAGUGACUCAGAAAGACAAAAAGCAAAAACUGGUAUCCAGAAGAGAAGAAAAACAGGUGAAGGAGGCACAGGAGUCAGAAGCAGAGGUAGUAGCUGCUCCUAAACCAGAAAAGACUUCUGAAAGCACAAUAUUGGUGAUGGGCACUACAGCCAAGGAGGAGACCAUUCAGGAAGCAGGAGUCCAGGCUGGAGAAAGAAACACAAUAGAGGAGACCACAGCAGCUGCUCAGCCUGCUCCAGAAGAAUUCGAUAAUUCUACCUACAAGAACCUUCAGCAUCAUGAAUAUAACAUUUAUACCUUUGCUGAUUCUGUUGCAGUUCUCUCAAAAUUCAGGCAGCCUCAGCCAUCUUCUGGAAGACCAUCACCAAGACACUGAAAGAACCACAUUUAAAACAAAUGCCCAGACAGAACAAGUUGUUCUGUUUAGCGUUGUUGCUUCAUCUGUAGUAUAAAUCAGAUAAUAAAUGCAUAAUAAGUUA